AUGAAAAUACCAGGAAUCAUUGUAGUCAGUAGCAGCAAUACCAAACCUAAAUCUCUGAUAAAGUUAAUAACGAAAUCACAGGAAAUAAAAGAAGCCAGUGAGAACCCAGGUUUGAUAAAACACCCUUGGUACAUUGAAACCAAAUACUAUACAGCAGAAGUGAAUUUCCUUGGCUUGGAAAAUGAUUUCCCAAGAUCUGACGACUUCAAUAAUCAAAUUGAAGCAUUGAUAAUCCAUAUGGACACAAAUAAAGAUGCAGGUCUAGAGGAUUUGAGUAAAUGGGACAUCUUUGAUAAAGAUUGUAGUUUAGAAGUUAAGAUACUAGUAUCUAAUUAUUGUAACAGCACUACAAAAAUUACCAAAAGUAAAGCACUGGAAUGGUGUCUAGAGCAUGGAUUUGAAUUCAUUGAGCUCUACCCUUUGCCUUCAAACUCUUAUGAAGAUGAGGAUAACAUGAGUGAAGAUGAAUCAUUUGAGGAAAAGGGAGGUGUAGAGAGAAUAAUUGAAGCAUUACAGUCACACACUUGGCCAAACUUAGUGAUGAAAGAAAAAGACAAAACAAAGAAAAGUUCAGAAAAAAAACUUCAAGGAGAAGAUCCAUUUCCUGUUGAAGAUCUUGAUGAAUUUGCAAAACUUUUUGCACAGAUACAUACAAUAAAAGAUAGCCUUGGUGGCAUGGCUACAAGUGAAAGAAAACAGUAUGCAGAACAAAUGGUUACUGCCUUUUGGAAAGCAAUUGGGGGAGAUGAAGAAGAGUUAUUUGAUGUUUAA